CUUCGCGUUGUGUUGCGCAUGUGCGAAAAACCGGAUAUGGACGUAGUAUGGACGCGAGCCACCUCAUAGAUUCAUACUUACAAUUAUUUCUGUGAUUUUCCGAAUAAGUGUCGAAGUUCCUUGCAACUUUAUUUCCAUACUGCAACCAAGGUCGCAGACGCGUAUCGUAAUGUAACGAACGAUAUGCAUGGCUUCUACCUCUCAAGCGGAUCGAGUAAUACCUACGUGUAAAAACAUUUUUGAAAAGAAGUAAAGAACAGGAGUGCUCCAAAUUACUUUCAGGAUCACAAUAUGAAUUAAUUAAGCUGGAGAGAGGGUGGUAACAAGAUUCUCAAGUGUUAUUGUGUCACGAACCAAGACACAGUGUCCAUGAAUUAAUAAAAAAAAGACAUCCUGACACUCAUCCACUGAUCUCUCAUAGAAGCUUAUUAUUUUGAUACAAAAUGGCGUUACCACCAAACUAUAAACAAGUUGCAAUGGCUACAUCGAACAUUGUUGCCUCUAACCAACGAAUGAGGGCAUCUGGUGGGAGUACAAGCAGUUCAACAAAUAGUAAAGAUGCACAAAGUCCAUUUAUCCAAACACCACAUAGCCACCCAGGAUUCACACCUCAAAAAGUAGGAAAAAAUACUAAUGCUGACUCUCGUACACCAAAACCACCUAAACCACCAGAGAAACCUCUUAUGCCGUACAUGAGAUAUAGCAGGAAGGUAUGGGAUCAAGUGAAGGCACAAAAUCCAGAGUUAAAACUGUGGGAAAUUGGCAAGAUUAUUGGGCAGAUGUGGAGAGAUUUGCCAGAGGAAGAUAAAACAGAAUUCAUUGAGGAAUAUGAAGCUGAAAAGGUGGAAUAUGAGAAAAGCUUGAAGACCUAUCAUAAUUCGCCCGCAUAUCUAGCUUAUAUCGCAGCCAAGAAUCGCGGAAAAUCGAUGUUGUGUGUAGCACAACAAAACAACGAUGAUCGAGAAAGUCACGAACGUUCUUCUGGCAGUAGUAAAAGUCAAGCAGCUCAAGAUAGAAGGAUCGAUAUUUUACCAGCGGAAGAUGACGAUGAUCAAGAUGAUGGCUAUUCUGUGAAACACGUGGCAUAUUCGCGUUAUACGCGAAACCAUCGCCUUAUUAAUGAGAUUUUCAGUGAUACCGUUGUGCCCGAUGUUCGGUCGGUCGUUACAACUCAAAGAAUGCAAGUCCUACGUCGUCAAGUGCAAUCAUUGACGAUGCACCAGAAAAAGCUUGAGGCAGAGUUGCAACAAAUCGAGGAGAAAUUUGAAGCGAAGAAACGUAAAUUCAUAGAAACUAGCGAAAUAUUUCAAGAAGAGUUAAAAAAGCACUGCAAGCCGGCGGUCGACGAGGAAACAUUCAACAAAAUGGUGGAACGACAAUAUGAAGCUAUUAGACGAGAUAGACAGAAAGGAUCGGAAGAGAAUCGUUCGGACGGGCCGGCGUCGAGUGAAUCCACUCCGAAUUCCACUCCCACUCCGACUCCGGCAUCACUCAACGACGAAACUCAGCCGGAUGUUUCUGACAACGAUACGAUGGAGAAGAAAAUCGGCGGCGUUGCCGAUAAAGCUAGCCUUGAGAUGAACAAGAAAAUGUCGCCACCGUACAACGAGAACAAGGCCGAGCCACCGAUGGUGCAAGUGAACAUCAAUCAACCGCAUGCGCCCACUUCUGGCAUGUACUGCAACAGCAUGGUGAAUCCCAUUCAGCAUCCGCAUCAGCAACAAACGCAGACACCGCAACACCAGCCACCGCAACACCAGCCACCGCAACACCAACCGCCGCAGCACCAACCGCCACAACAUCAAUUGCCGCAACAUCAGCCGCCGCAGCAUCAGCCACCGCAACACCAGCCGCCGCAGCAUCAGCCUCAGCAACACCAGCCACCACCUCAGCAUCAACCGACGCCUCCUCAACAGCCUCAUCAGCAACAUCAGGCACCGCCGCCGCCGCCGCCUCAGCAACAACAGCAUCAGCCGCCGCCCACUCAACAACAACAUCAACCGCCACCCCCGCAAUCCCAGCAGCAGCAACAACCGCAACAACAGCAGCAACAGCAACAACCAACUCCAGUACUACCACCGCAACAACAGCCGACCACGACAGCCGGAGCAGCGGCUGCGGUCGCGGCAGUAGUCGCUAGCGCGAACGCUACUGCGAACUCCACUUCGCAGAAUAUGCCUCCGGUAUCUGCGCCGCCGUCAGUGCCAAUUCAGCAUAAUCCCCAUCAGCAAGGAAUGCUAGCGAAUCACUCGAUGCCGCCGCACCAGGCCGCGCAGGGCACUCAAGGCACGCAAGUGAUGCCGCCGCAGGGGCCGGUGACGAACCCGCACACUCCCCAGAUGAUGCCGCCCAAUCAAGGCUACGGCCAGCAAUAUCAGUCCGCGCCCGGCCAACAGCCGCAGAACGUCCCGUUGGCCCCACGACCGCCGCAUCCUUCUUACAGCUACUCCCAGCAGCAACCGUAUCAUCAGCCCUAUCCGCAAUACACUCAUCCGUACUAUCAUCAACCAUACUCGCAGUACUCGCCUCAUCCAAUGGGACGUCCUCAUGGCCAUGGCCCGCAUAGCCCACACAGUCCGCAUUACCACCCACAGUCGCCUCACACCGCGGUCGCCGAUAGCGGCAACGCGAACACCAACGUCACCGGUUCGAACGCCACUACCGUGCCCACAUCCGCUCCCGACGGCAACAAUCCUUCCUCUUAUUCUUCGCCCGCUGGACAUUGCGAAGGCGAACGUUCGGGUCCGUCAGAUAAUCAGGAGGGUCAGGAUACUAAAUCUGGGUCCGCCUAAGUAUUUCUUUAUCGUUCUUUUUAUUUUACAAAUCAUCGUAGAAUAAGGGAUUCAUCGAUAUAUUAAUGUGUGUUUGCGAUUGUUUGCAUCUGUACUAUUCCGUAUCUUUAGAUUACAAACUUAACACUAUUGAUUUAUAUUAUUGUAUGGUAGAAAUAUAGUGAUUAAGAGGGGCCUGCCUUUGCCACGAAACUGUCGACUGGUGAGGUCAAAAGCGAGAAAAUGCUUUCAAUAUUCCUAAGUAUAUCGAAAUAAAAAGAUAUAUUCAGAAAGUGA